AUGUCGCUUGGAUUCAUGAGCAGCCUCAGGAGCUUUGUGAUACCUCAUCUUCCUCAGGACAGCGUCAAUCUGAGAAUCGGGAUUCAUGCAGGUUCUGUCGUAGCAGGCGUCGUGGGAUUGACAAUGCCUCGAUACUGCCUGUUCGGUGAUACCGUAAAUACAGCAAGCAGGAUGGAGAGCAAUGGAAAACCUGGCAAAAUUCAUAUGUCGUCCGAAGCAAGAAUGCUUUUGGCUGCGAUUGGAGGCUACGAAGUCGAAUCUAGAGGAGAAAUUAUAGUGAAGGGAAAAGGUGUAAUGGAAACAUUCUGGCUCGUCGGGAGCAGCGGUGAUCCAUACCACCGACCUUAUAAAGGUUCUGUUCGAUCCUUGAGAAGGAAAUCAUCCGAAGAACAGGAAAUGGUUGCUACCACACUGACACCUCACUCGUCUGAGCAAAAAGGAAUAUAUCAAGAAUUCAGACAGAAUGAAGGGUAG